UGCAGGCGCACACAGUCAAAGAUAUCUUCGUCAUGUUUUCGGUUCUGACAGAUUCUCAGCUCGCGAACAACUAACAAUUGUUCGCCCACAUGAUCCAAGCAGCUUUGCCCACAGCGGAAUAAACAAGCGAACUUCCACAUCAUCAAUCUUGAGGAGCACGAGCAUUCCGUACAAUCUCUGAAGAUCAAGCGUCCAUUCUCUGGCAGAUUGCGUACAGCGAGUUUUGAGCCUCAGUAUUACCACGGCUGUGAGUACUGGACGCUGCAGGGUUUCCGCAUAAAUGGAUUUGGUCAUUCUCAGUUUGGUUAUCCUGUCCCUGGGGGUGAUCAUUAUUCGAUUUCGGCUUCGCCGCCAUAGGUUUGCUGGAAAGCCUUCAUCAACACAGAUCACAACAUGCGAGCGAGGUGUCCAUCUAUAUCAAGUUAACGCCUUGGAUGAUAAAGACACGGAUAUUGAUAUCAUUGCUAUACAUGGCCUCGACACCAAAUCACCAGACACGUGGGAAUAUUGUAUCGGGAGCAAUAAAGUUAACUGGCUGGCCAGACCAGACAUGCUCCCGAAGAAGGCAGCAAGGGCUCGGAUCUUCUAUUGCAACUGGCCGGCCGACCUGUUUGAAAGUUCACAUUCGAGACAGAAGACGUUUGACGAGUUUGCUCGGCUUUUGCUCGCUGGUAUCAAAAGACGGCCGCUGGCAGCCAAUGACCUCACAGGAAAUGAUCGGCCCAUUAUAUUUAUUGCGUCAUGUAUUGGGGGUGUUAUUCUUAUGAAGGCUCUUGUAAACGCGAACGAUAGUGACGAGUACCUCCCUCUCAGAAAAGCAACACGCGGUAUAGUGUUUCUCGCCACACCGUUCCGGGGGACUUCAUUCCAAGAUGUAGCGGCCUGGGCAGAGCCUGGCCUGAAGGCCUGGGCUUUGAUGCAAGGCCGAGGAGUGAGUCAGCUACUUCAAGAAGUGAAGUACAGUUUUGACCUUGACGAACUCGUACGCCACUUUACUCAACUUUGUCAAAACAAGGAUCACCCUUACCAGGUUGUUAAUUUUUACGAGACUGGCAAGAUGAGCCUCCGACACAGAUUAAUUUCCUUUCUACCGGCCAUUUUUGCCCAAGAAAAGCCGCUGGUAGAUCGGUCUUCCGCGAUUCUGGACAUUGUUAAAGAUCCACUGCCCCUUGAUAGAACCCAUAAAAUGAUGAAUAAGUUCUAUGGCCCUGAAGAUCCGGCUUACGAAUAUGUUGCUGGGAAAAUCAAAGAAAUUUUGGAGAAUGUUCAUGAGACUUCCCAACUCCAGCAAGCGGAUGCCUGGAUCCGGAAGAGACUGUACACUGGAGAUCGGCUCAGGAUUGAGAGACUCUCAGGCGAACCCUUGUCUAUGGAUCAAUGCUACAUCAAUCUGGCUAUCGUGGAGCAGUCCGGGAGGAAUGCACGUGGCUCACAAGGCCCUAAUGAUACGCAAAAGUCGUCCCAAUUUUCACUGUUUGCUCGAUUGAGGAUCGAGGAACCAGAUAAAGAGGUUAAGGUCGUGCUGCCUAUGCUUUUCAGCCCCCGUAAAGCACAUAACGGCAAAAAAUUAGAACCAAGGCGAGUCCUAAUCCGAGGACAGGCAGGAGUAGGUAAAACCACCCUGUGCAAGAAGAUCGUCUAUGACUUUACAUAUGGGAAACUAUGGUCAGGCUUAUUUGAUCGCUUGCUUUGGGUGCCGUUGCGGAAUUUGAAAUUGAAAGAAAGACGCCUGAUUGCCGGUUACAACUUGGACCAUCUAUUCCGGAAUGAGUUCUUCUUUGAACACCCCAGAGCUGAUGCCUUGGCCAAAGCAUUGUGGAGUGCGGUUAAGGACACUAAAAUGAGAACUCUGUUUCUUCUUGAUGGUCUCGACGAAGUAUCGCAAGAUUUGGACAGGAGUGGCGACAUGUUCCGUUUCCUUAAGGUGCUCUUAGAUCAACCCAAUGUCAUCAUUACGUCUCGGCCCCAUGCAAGAUUCCCGGCUGGCCUGAAAUCUCUCGACCUCGAAUUGGAAACGAUCGGAUUCUACCAUGACCAGUUGAAUGAUUAUCUCCUAAGGGCCGCAUUUAAAGGUGAUCCGGACAAAGCCAGUGAGGUUCAGUCGUUCCUCAAAGCGCAUCCGCUACUACAAGGUCUUGUACGAAUCCCGAUCCAGUUAGAUGCGCUCUGUUACACCUGGGACGGUCUCAGUGGCAAGUCUAUACCGCAAACAAUGACUGCCGUUUAUCAAGCCAUCGAAAGAAAACUAUGGCAGAAGAAGGAUGUCAUGAGAUUGGAGAAAUGGCAUGAUGGGGAGCUGGUGACGCCAUGCCACAUUGAGGGUGCAGAUAUAGACCAGAUUUUUGAGAGUGAGAUCUACCUUCUUGAAGGUUUUGCCUUUACAGGCCUAUUCAACAACAUUAUCGACUUUGACUUGAAGCACCGAACGGCUAUAUCUAAGCAGUUCAAGUUUCCUGGUACGAACAUUCUCCUUGAUAAAACGCUUCCACGCCUUUCUUUUCUACGGCCAUCGGAAAUCUCUAAUAAUGAUGGUAAUCGGAGCUAUCAUUUCUUACACCUGACGUUUCAAGAGUAUUUUGCGGCACGAUAUUUUGUUCGCCAGUGGACGGCCGGACAACUUCUUGACUGUCUUGACCUUAAACCCAGCAAAGGGAUAAAAGAGAUCCAACCUGCCAAAUUUCUUCAAAAGUAUAAGUACCAUGUACACUAUGAUAUUUUCUGGCGCUUUGUCUCUGGCCUGCUUGACACCGAAGGGGAGACGGAAAGUCUUCGCUUUCUCAAGAAUAUUGAGGAAAGUCCGCGCGAUCUCCUGGGUCCUGUUCACCAACGGCUGGUCAUGCACUGCUUGAAUGAGCUGGCGCCACGGGAGGGCAAAUCAAGAUUAUGUCAGCUUCGAUCAGUGCUAGAAGAUCAAUUAUCACAGUGGCUUUUGUUUGAAUGCAAAUUUACAAGAAAGCCACCACGGUUAGCAGGCGAAAGUGAGCUACCAGACCAGGUCCUGAUCAGAGCCUUAACACAAGCAUCUGACGAAGUGAAGAUAUUAAUCGUGGAAUCACUGGUGUCACGGCCAUUUCUUCAGGCAAGUAUCAUAAAUCUGGCACUUUCCUGGCUAAGCGAUGGUGUUUCCCGAGAUUUGGAAAUUACAAUUUUGAGAAUGCUGCGGCUCUCACAAGUAGCCUGGUCAGAUGGGACCCUGAAACUCGCAAAGUAUAUGGCAGCACGGCUUGAGGAUAAUGAUCAGCGUGUCCAAUGGGCGGCAGUGAAAGCGCUUCAAAAUCGACAAGAUCUAAGCCCUGAUAUUGUGAAAUCCAUUGCAGAACGGCUUGAGCAUGAAGACUCAGGUAUCCGACGGGCGGCAGUUGAAGCACUUCAAAAUCAGAAGGGUCUAAGCCUAGAGAUUGUGAGCGCCAUUGCAGGACGACUUGAAGAUGAAGAUUGGCAUGUUAAAUGGGCAGCAGUUGAAGCUCUUCAAAAUCAACAGGAUCUAAGCCCAGAGAUUGUGAACGCUAUUGCAGGACGACUUGAGGACAAUAACCAGUGUGUCCAAUGGGCAGCAGUGAAAACGCUUGAAAAUCAACAUGAUCUCAGCCUGAAUAUUAUGAACGCCAUUGGGGGAUGGUAUGAAGAUAAUAAUCAGGGUAUCCAAUCGGUGGCAGCUGAAGCGCUUCAAAAUCAACAGGAUCCAAGCUCAGAGAGUGUGAGAGCUAUUGCAGGAAGACUUGAAAAUAAAGAUUGGCUUGUCCGACGGACAGCAGUUGAAGCACUUCAAAAUCGACAGGACCUUAGCCCAGAGAUUGUAAACUUCGUUGCAGAACGGCUUGAGCAUGAAGUCUCACAUAUACGACGGGCGGCAAUUGAAGCGCUUCAAAAUCAACAGGAUCUAAGCCCAGCGAUUGUGAACGCCAUUGCAGGACGGCUUAAGGAUAAUGAUCAGCGUGUCCAAUGGGCAGCGGUAAGAGCACUUCAAAAUCGACAGGAUCUAAGCCCAGAGAUUGUGGGAUCCAUUGCAGGACGGCUUGAACACGAAGAUUCAGGUGUCCGACGGGCGGCGCUUGAAGCACUUCAGAAUCAGAAGGAUCCUAGCCCAGAGACUGUGAACGCCAUUGCAGGACGGCUUAAAGAUGAAGUCUCACAUGUCCGACGGGCGGCAGUGGAAAUGCUUCAAAGUCGGCAGGGUCUUAGCUCAGAGAUUAUGAGCGCCAUUGCAGGACAGCUUGAGGAUGAAGAUUGGUGUGUCCGAUGGGCGGCAGUUGAAGCACUUCAAAAUCAGCAGGAUCUAAGUCCAGAGAUUGUGAGCGCCAUUGCAGGACGACUUGAGGAUGAAGAUUGGCAUGUCCGAUGGUUGGCAGUUGAAGCUUUUCGAAAUCGACGGAAUUUCAACUUAGAAACCGUCGAUCAUUACAUGGAAUCUCUAUACCGGACUCUCAUGGAAAAAAGUUUCUUGGAACAUCUGUACUGGUAUGUUGCAGAUGAAACUUCCUACAUAGUAUUUAAUAUUGAAGAUAUUCCCUUCGAAGGCCAACAUGAUCAUUUUCGGAACACACUUCAGAGAGUGCACACACGUUUGAAAAUCCUUGUACCUAAUAUUUAAAAAUACAAUCUUGUGUUUCUUCUUAACCAGCUAGUAUGAUAUAACAAUGGUGCAUAUUUGGUCAUUCAUCUGGUUUUGACCUCAUAACUAAACCUCACCCUCACCCGCGGGUGACCGUCAGAGGGGGUCAGGGUGCAGGGUAGGCUGCGGC